AUGAUGGGCUGCUCCACGAGCACCGACGAGUGGUGGUGCGUGUGGCUCAAACCAUCCGCGUGCGAUGAAGCCGACAUCGCAGCGGACUGCGCCAGCACGUGCUGCCGUGCAGCAGCCGUCAACGCCACUCUCGAUUCACUGGCCGACGAUUUACUGUCCGUUUCAGUCGCGCUCGAUACGGCCUGGAAGCUGCUUUGCGGAGUUCUUGUGAUGCUCAUGCAGCUCGGCUUCGCGAUGCUCGAGGCUGGAACUGUCCGCGAGCACAACGUCAUCGCAACCUACGCCAAGAAUAUCAUUGACGACCACUACUCCUUCUUCGUCUUCCUCGCCUUCCAGUCCACCUGCGCGACAAUCGUGUCCGGCGCGAUGGCGGAGCGGACCGCGGUCGGAAGCUACCUCGUGCUCUCGUGCACGGUCCCCGGCGUGCGCUCGGACAAUGAUGAGUAUGGGCUUGCAUCCUCCAUCGCUGGAUCCUCCAGCUCUAGGUCUCCGGACUGCUGCUCCGGCGUCGUCCACGCGCUGGGCGGCUGCGCGGCGCUGGUCGGUGCCGUCGCGGCCGGCCCGCGCACUGGCCGGUACGUGCAACCAGGCGCGGAGCUUCUGCAGCCGGGCUCUCCGAGGAAACAUGCGUCGUGCAUUGUGCCUUUCAGGUUCGACCCGAAGACUGUGGCAGACUUUUCGCCGCACAACGUGUUGAGCGGGACGAUGCUGCUCUGGGUGGCCUGGUUCGCCUUCAACAUGGGGAGCGGAGGGAGCCGCUCGCCACGCAAAGAGUUUCACCGGACCGCUCGGGGGAGGGGAGGCGCGGCCACGGCGGCGGGCGCGGCGACAGCGACCGCCCUCUCCUCUGCCUGCGCCGGCGUGGUCGGCGGGCUGCUUGCGCCGGCGCUGAGGCGGGACACGGCGUCGCGCUCCGCGUCUGCGCGCCGCCUCCUCUCGCGCUGCUGCGCGGCGGGAGGGCGGAGCAUCCUCGGAGGGCUCGUCGGCAUCACCGCCGGCUGCGCCUCCAUCGACCUCGGCCUCGCCGCCGCCGUCGGAGUCGUGUCCGGCGUCGUCUUCUCCUCCGCCUCCGAGGCGGCCGCUCGCUGGGGCGUCGACGACGUUGUCGACGCCUUCGCGGAGGAGAGCGGCCUCGACUCCGAGUUCGGCCUUAAGGCGUACAGCCGGAACACUGACGUGCUGCAGCGCUGCCGCACCGUCUCGGCGCUACUGAGCGAGAACGGCGCGGCCGACCACAAGCUCGAGGGGGAGGUCAAGGACAUCCUGCAGCACCUCUCGUACGACUCGCUCGGCGGGCAGGACGGCCGGCCGCACCUCGCCUUCCUGAGCCACCACAAGGCGGACGCGGGCGACGCGGCGCGCAUCUUCGCGCGCAUCUUCGUCGACACGGCGCGCCGGCUGCUCGCGAGCCAGCCCUUCCUCGAGUCGGCCGGGCUGGGGCCGAGGGCCGAGGAGGCGGUGCGGAGGGUCAAGCCGCAGGACUUGGUCUGGCUCGACUCGACGAAUCUCAAGGAGCUGCCCACGCUGCUCGACACGAGGCUGAAGCCCACCAUAGGCAACCACAUCCUCUUCCUCACCCGCGCCGCCCUCGAGCGGCCUUGGGUCCUCGCCGAGCUCGUCGCCGCUCACACGCUCGGCAAGUACGUCUGCCUCGUCCUCCUCGAGUGGCCGGGCGCAACAGAGGAGCGGCUGCGCGAGUUCCAGUUCCCGGCGGCGCUCGAGCGGACGAUCCAUGAGUGGGCGUGGUUCCUCUCCAAGGAGGCGCCCGCCCGGCACAAGCGCGACGGGGAGGGCGAGCUGCGCCGCCGCGUCACGACGGCAGCGUCCUCAUGGCACACCUCGGCGAGUGCAGACUCGUCGCACCACAUCCGCCGAACACCGUCGGAGGACGCUCGUUUCUCGCGCCAGCUGCCGCUCACGGCGAUGUCGCUCGGGCCGGCGGGGCCACGGAGCGGGAAGGCGGCGAAGCGAGUGCCGCUGCCGAGCGUCGCCCUCCAGCGGCCCGAGUCGUACAAGGCGAGCGUCUCCUCGCUCGCGGAGGAGGAGGCCGAUGCUUCGGCGGCGGACGGCGCAUAG